GUUCCAAAGUUACUUGCUGCUUAAUGCUAACCGAGAUCAGUGACAAGAUAACAGAGAGAGACAGAGACAGACAGAGAGAGACAGACAGAGAGAGAGACAGAGACAGACAGAGACAGUGACAGAGACAGACAGAGAGAGAGACAGAGACAGCGACAGAGGGAGAGAGGUGGUGGCUGUGGUGUGCCAUAUUGACAUGGUACAUUUGGGUGAGAAGGUGUUGCUGUCUGUUGACCGUCUGUGACAAGGUCAGCUGUCCGACCCUGCAAAAUUCUUUACUUUCAGCAGUUGCCAUGGCGCCGGUGGGAGAGUUCAUGGAGUCAUGGGCAGUGUCAGUGUCGAAAUCAUUCUCUAUAGAGGUCGUUGUUUUCUCUCUGCUCUUCCUCCUCCUCUCCAUCAUCCUCCUGGCCCUCUGCACUAUCUGUGGAAGGCAAUCCUUUGAGCUUCAGGACGGUGGUGGGGAGGUGGGGAGAACCCAGUCACAGCUGAUGAGAGUGGUAAAGUUGGAGGACGCCCUGGCCGCCAGGGUGAACCCCAUGAUCAAUGACAUCAGAAAAAACGAGAGAGAUUUCAGUCACAUACCUGAAGAACGUGUCUCAGAGCAGCUUCCUGCUGAGCAGGAUGGCAUCAGGUUCAAACCCGGGAGGAGCCGCAGGGUGGCGCCAGAUCAGCAAGGUGAUUCUCUAGGUGUCUUGCAGAUGGCCAACGGAACCUCUGUGGCCAUGAUGACAAUAUCUCCUUCCCCCCCCACCACCGUCGACAUCGGUGACCUGAGGGACGUCCUGAACUUCACACCCGAGCUCCACUCUAUACCAGCCCCGAUAUCCGUGGUGGAAGAUGACAGCCCCCUCGAGUCCGCACCCCCACCUGUCUAUUCAGGGGACACCCUGGAAACACCCGUCAUGAAUGUUCUUCACACCCUGGUGCUGGAUGCCCCCAUCGUGGAUCCCCUCAUCAUAGACACCCUUGCAUCUGUGGAUGCCCCCAUUGUGAACAGCCUUGAACCUGUCGACAUCCACAUUGUGAAUGACACUGACGCCCUCAAUAUCCCCAUCGUGAACAACCUUGACUUCCUGGAGGCCCCUGCAGAAUUCAGCUCUAACUUUAUCGCUCAGCUUGAAGAAGAUGGUCAGGUGGAGGGUGAGGACCAGGGGCCUUCCCUGGGGGUCCGACCCGAGCACACCUAUGAGAUCUUUGGGGAGCUCACACCUGAUGAUCCCUCUGUGGAAGUGGACCUGACAACCCCAGGCUAUCAAACCAUAGCUGAACUGGUCCACAAAUCAACCACACAGCCUGACGAUGACACAACCAUGGUAACAAUGCCAUCGGACCUGGCAAGCCCAGACUAUGAGAUCAUAGAUGAACUGGUCCAGCAAUUGAGCGCAACCACACUGCCUGACAAUGAGCCAAUAAAAACUACAGGCACAGACCCGGGGGAGGGGCUUGACCUGACAAGCCCUCUCUCAUUUGUGGAGGAGGUAGAGGAUGGUUUGAGUGACAGGGGCUGGAAUCCAAUGUAUGCCAGGGUGAGCAGGAAGCUUAGUAAGUGCCCCACCCCACCCCCUGUGCCUCCGCCAGAGGAAGAGGAGGAAUAUUUACCUCCAAUACCGGAAAGAAGAGGAGAGAUGGAGGAAUGAUCAUUGUAGAAUAUCCCUUCAGACUUUUAAAAAGCACCGCAAAUGUGUUUUAUGUACUCAAUGCUAUUUGAAUGUAUAUGCAGUGCAUUCGGAAAGUAUUCAGACCCAUUGACUUUUUGACUUUUUCAACAUUUGUUACAUUACAGCUUUAUUCUAAAAUUGAUUAAAUAGUUUUUUCCCCUCCUCAAUCUACACACAUUACCCCAUAAUGACAAAGCAAAAUCAGGUUUGUAGAAAUGUUUGUACAUGUAUUAAAAAUAAAAAAGGGAGAUAUCACAGUUUCAUAAGUAUUCAGACCCUUCACUCAGUACUUUGUUGAAGCACCUUUGGCAUGGAUUACAGCCUCGAGUCUUCUUGGGUAUGAAGCUACAAGCUUGGCACACCUGUAUUUGGGAAGUUCCUCCGAUUAUUUUCUGCAGAUCCUCUCAAGCUCUGUCAGGUUAGAUUGGGAGCAUCGGUUAGGUUAGAUUGAGAGCAUCGCUGCAGGGUUCAAGUCCGGGCUCUGGCUGGGCCACUCGAGGACAUUCAGAGACUUGUCCCGGAGCCACUGGCUUGGCUGUGUGCUUAGGGUCAUUGUCCUGUUGGAAGGGGAACCUUCGCCCCAGUCUGAGGACCUGAGCACUCUGGAGCAGGUUUUUAAAAAUCAAGGAUCACACUUUUCUCCGUUCAUCUUUCCCUCGAUCCUGACCAGUCUCCCAGUCCCUGCAUCUGAAAAACAUCCCCAAGGUAAGAUGCUGCCAGCACCAUGCUUCACCGUAGGGAUGGUGCCGGGUUUCCUCCAGAUGUGAUGCUUGGCCUUCAGGCCAAAGAGUUCGAUCUUGGUUUCAUCAGACCAGAGAAUCUUGUUUCUCAUAGUCAGAGUCCUUUAGGUGCUUUAGGUGCCAAACUUAGGUGCCAAACUCCAAGUGGGCUGUCAUGUGCCUUUUACUGAGGAGUGGCUUCCGUCUGGCCACUCUACCUUAAUGGCCUCAUUGGUGAUGUGCUGCAGAGAUUGUUGUCCUUCUGGAAGGUUCUCCCUUCUUCACAGAGAGAACUGUGGAACUCUGUCAGUGACCAUCGGGUUCUUGGUCACCUCUCUGACCAAGGCCCUUCUCCCCGAUUGUUCAGUUUGGCUGGGCGGCCAGCUCUAGGGAGAGUCUUGGUGGUUCCAAACUUCUUCCAUUUAAGAAUGUUGUAGGCCACUGUGUUCUUAGGGACAUUCAAUGCUUCAGAAAUGUUUUGGUACCCUUCUCCAGAUCUGCCUCGACACAAUCCUGUCUUGGAGCUCUAUGGACAAUUCCUUUGACCUCAUGGCUUGGUUUCUUUUCCUGACAUGCACUGUCAACUGUGGGACCUUAUAUAGACAGAUGUGUGCCUUUCCAAAUGAUAUCCAGUCAAUUGAAUUUACCACAGGUGGACUACAAUUAAUUUGCAGAAACAAGGAUGAUCAAUGGAAACAGGAUGCACCUGAGCUCAAUUUUGAAUCUCAUGUUAAAUGGUCUAUAUAUUUAUGUAAAUAAGGUAUUUUUUGUGUUUUUUUACAUUUGCAAAAAUGUCUAAAAACCUCUUUCGCUUUGUCUUUAUGUGGUAUUGUGUGUAGAUUGCUAAGGAUAAUUUUAAAAAAAAGGCUAACGUAACAAAAUGUGGAAAUAAUCAAGGAGUACUUUCCAAAUGCACUGUAUACUCAAACUAUCUGUGCCUUAUUUCUAGACUUAUAAUAUAUCUGAUGAUGAGGGUAAGGGUUGUAACCAGUCCAAAUAGAAAGUAACACUUCCCUAUCUAAUAUACUCUUAUAUGAGACAGGUAUCUCAGUAUCCUAUCCUCCUACCAAGUAAUUUCAUUGGUUUUGCAAACGCUGUUCCAACUCAAUGCCAUGCUAUGCAUUCCAUAACGAACUCCGAGCCAGAAUAGAACUGGGUCCCUUAACAUGUGCCAGAGUAGGCUGUUCCCCUGCUCAGAUGUUGCAUGCAUCAACCAAUGGUUGAGUGCCACGUCAACGACUGUGUCAUCGACUAACAGAUUGUUAUAACAUACGAUGUGGUUAGCUAAUACGUUAAAUACCUAUCCAGGCAUUCUAAGAUCUGGCAGGCAUCAGCAACACCUAGGCAGAGGAAUGCACCCAUUAUGUCUGUAUGUACUAACACAUUACAGCGUGACAUGGCAAUUACACUAUUAUAAAUCUAGGAGUUUUUGUUUCUUUGAGAUUCAUUCAACUGGGUCAACUAAGACUCUCUCUCUUAAUAAAUCAUGCAUGUAUAUUAAUAAAUUAAAUUGACAUCAAUACAAUAUAAUAGCCAUAGCUAGUUUAUUUAUUUAUUCAAAUCUUUCCAUGUGAGGUAUAAUAAAUCAUUUAAAUGUUUUGUUUAACUAGGCAAGUCAGUUAAGAACAAAUUCUUAUUUACAAUGACGGCCUACCCCGGCUAAACCCUAACGAUGCUGGGCCAAUUGUGCACUGCCCUAUGGGGCUCCCAAUCACAGCUGGUUGUGAAACAGCCUGAAAUCAAACCAGGGACUGUAGUGAUGCUUCUAGCACUGAGAUGCAGUGCCUUAGACAGCUGCACCACUCUGAAGUUCAUCCUACUUGGGAUUUAUGGACUAUGUAAAUCUGUGUUGUAAAAUGUUCAUUUUCAUUAUUAGAACAUAUAAGCAGAUUGAAAUACAAGAGGACAGAUGUAAUAAACAGUAUUUAGUACA